UUGCUGCCAUUUCGUGGGUUUUUUCGUUGUGAUUGAUUUUUGAUUUGACGUUUUUUUGUGCAAUAAUUAGUCCGAAAUUAAAGUGUGUCUGUUAGUGCAUUAUCAGAAUUUCUGUGGCGAGUGUGGCUAUAAUGGGGAGAUGAUUGAGUGUUAUAAUUGGUUCGUGGUAGGUUGAAAGUCAUAAGAAACUACAGUCGCCAUGUCGAUCACCGAAGAGAAUUUUGACCGCAUUAUGGUUCUUGAUCGUAUUCGCCAGUUGGCUUCUGAUCGUAGAAACGCUGCAUCCGCAUGGCAGGAGUAUCCCGCACCGACAGGCGAUACAUUCUACUAUUAUAAUGCCGAAACAUCAACGACAACUUGGGAGAAGCCCACCGAGUUGAAAACCCCGGCGGAGAUAAUUUUAUCCGAUACACCGUGGAAAGAGUACAAAACCCCGGAAGGCUCCGUGUAUUAUCACAAUAAAAAUACUAGUGAAACCCGCUGGGAUUGUCCGGAGCUCAUUACCAAAUUGAAAAAUGUCCUGGAGGAGUAUGCGCGUAUUGCGGCCGCAUCCGGCGAUGAUGUGCCCGUGAAGAUCGAAAAUGAUCUCGACGGCCUGUUCUCCAGCCGUGCGGGCUCCGAAACGCGAUCCGAAGAUGAGAAACCCGCGGGGGCCUCGGCCGAGAUCUCCCGCACCUCGUCGCCGGCGGUGGUAUCAUCUGCCAAGCCAGCACUGGCCAUUCUGCCGGAGUUGGAGGAGGAGAAAGAUGAUGAGCGGGUGUUUGAUGUAUUCGCCGUGGGUGAUAUUAAUACCGUGGAUAAACGUGAUGCGGCGGAGGCCUUUCGCAAGUUCCUGGAGGAGAAGAAUAUUCCUUCCAAUAUCAACUGGGAAAAUUGUGUGAAGCUGAUACAGUCGGAUAAGCGGUUUGAAGUGUGGAAAAAAUGGUCAGAUCGGAAGCAGACGUUUAAUCAGUACAAAGUUUUACGACAGAAACAAGAACGGGAAGACCAGAGAAAGCGUGUCGAACGCGCUCGUGAAGCCUUUGAGAAGAUGCUCUCCACCACCGACCGUGUCUCCUACUCCACGCCGUACCGCGACGCCGAAAAGACCUUUGCCAACGAUAAAAUCUGGCGCGCCGUUCCGGAACGUGACCGCGAAGCCCUGUACGAGGAUGUGAUGGCCACGGUGGAGAAACGAGAGAAAGAACAGGCUGAGCGCGACCGGGUGGAAGCCAUGGAAAAACUGGCCAUUAUCUUGGACAAUAUUCCUCGCAUCCGCUAUAAAACGACGUGGUACGAGUGCCAGAAGCUCUUGGCGGAUUCCGAAGCCUUUGUCGGUGAUCCGGUGGUAAAGAAGAUCAACAAACUCGAUGCGUUGACGGUUUUUAAGGACCACAUUAUCAAGCUGGAGAAAGAACAGGAUGAGGAGCAGAAAGCGGAAAAACGCCAAAGGAAGCGUGUUCACAGGAAAAAUCGCGAAGCGUAUAUGGUGUUGCUGGAUGAGCUGGCGCAGAAGGGGAUUGUGCAUUCCAUGUCCAAGUGGAAGAGUGUGUUCCCGGUUAUCAGGAAUGAUUCUCGAUUUGUGAAUAUGCAGCUUCCCGAUGAUGUUCGUAUUACGGAGCAGUUUGGCUCUAAUGCCUUGGAUCUCUUUAAAUUAUACGUAUUAGACUUGAAGAAUCGCUACAAUUCCGACUUGGAGAAAAUCCUGGCUGUGCUGAAACGUAGCGAUUUCACCGUCACCCCGACGACAGAUUUCUCGGAUUAUUUUCGCAUCAUCCACAAGGACGACUCCUGCAUGCACAUUGAUCGCGGCAACAUCCGGGCAGCGUUUGACUCGCUGAAGGACGCAGCUAUCCGCAACGACAAGAACCGACAGGAUGAAAUCCGCCGGCAGGAAGAGCGUGAAGUCCAGCAGAAGAAAUCUCUCCGCGACAACUUCAUCAAUAUGCUCCGCGACGCCAAACUAUCAGUGAACCAGGAUACAAAAUGGACCACCAUCCAGGAUAAAUUCUCCAGUAAAUCCGCGUACCAAGCCAUCAAAUCCGAAGAGGAACGGAUUGAGCUGUUCCAUGAAUUCAAGAAUAAAAUCCUCAAUGGUGAUGACGGCGAAGCAAAGAAGAAAAAGAGUAAGCAUGACAAGCAGGAUAAAGCGGAUGUGGAGGAUUCGGUCGAAGAAGAAAAAAAGGAGAAGAAACGCCAUCAUCGUUCUCCCUCGCCGGAUGAACGGGAAAGUCGCAAGAAACGCCACCGGAAAUCCCCGGUUCCGGAGAAUGAGGAUAGUGAUCGGGAGAUUGAGCGGCGGCGACGAGAACGCCGCGAAAAGGAGCGGCGGGCCGAUCGUAAGGAGGAGAGGAAGGAUAAGGUGGUGGAGAAGGCGGAGAAGUUGGCUAACGAGCUGUCGGAGGCCGAGUUGGAGAAACAGCGGAAGUUGCUGAUGAAGCAACUGGGUUUGAUGGAGGAGUAGGCGGGCGUGGCAUUUGUUUUUAUUGAGCAUGGUGGAGCAGAUUCUUUCUAGUGGGUUGGUUUAAAUGGAGUUUUGCAUUUCGGCGAGUGAAGACGAUUUGGAGCCUGACCUGGUAGAGUGGCGGAGCGGUAGUGUUUGUUUUCGCAUUGAACACAUCUUUUGGUUUUAAAUAAAUGAUGUUACUGUUGGAAAACUGUCCGGGUGUCAGAAUAAACUAUCGCCUUUGGGUGCGAGAUA